GUGAAUAAAUACACCGUCUCCAGGACUGCAGCUCAUACUGCGAGAAGCUGUACUUUCAGAGUUCUCUCAAUUCUCCAGACGACACCAGUCUUCACAUCGUCACCAAUCAGCGCAAUCAUGUCUAUGCCGACAAGCCACGACCUGCACAUCCAUGGCUCCAUCAACGGUUUGGAGUUUGAUAUGGUGGGAGGAGGUAGCGGCAACCCGAACGACGGGUCCGUGGAGACCCGUGUGAAGUCCACCAAAGGUGGCCUGCAAUUCUCCCCGCUCAUCGUGGGCCCCCAUCUGGGGUACGGGUUCUACCAGUACCUGCCCUUCCCCAGCGGACCGUCGCCUUACCAGGCCGCCAUGAAGGACGGAGGGUACAAGAUGCACCGUACCAUGCAGUUUGAGGACGGCGCCGUUCUGACUGCCAACUAUCGUUACACCUACGAGGGCGGCAAGAUCAAAGGAGAUUUCCAUCUGGUUGGCAGCGGUUUCCCCACCAACGGACCCGUGAUGACCAACUCCCUGGCCUCUCAGGAUAGGUCCGUGGCGAAGCUGACCAGUGUCGACGAUCACACCGUGGUCGAAAACAUCGACUGGGCCUACCGCACCAGCGACGGCGGAAGCUACCGUGCCAUGGUGCGGACCAACUGCACCUUCGGCAGGCCGGCCGCGGGCGUCAAGGGGAACAUGCCCAUGUUCGUGUUCCGUCAGCUGGAGAUCUCGGGCUCCAAGAGCGAGAUCAGCCUGCAGGAGAGGCAGAAGGUGUUCUCUGAGGUGUAGGGAGCGCCCUGCACGCCCGCAACGGAUUGUAUAUGCUUUAAACAUCCUGAUAUAGAUUGCACUCUACUUCUGUAGUAAGCUAUUAAGGCCAUACUGAUUUAAUUUCAUAGAUGUCAACCUGUUAUUCACUAGUACGGAACGUUUCCUACAUGUAGUUAAAAACACUUGAAACACUGGGCACGCAUCUGUGUAUGUGAUGGCUUUCUAUCGAAAAUGGUGGCUGGGCAAACUUGAAACAAU